UUGAAACUUCUAAUAACAAUGGGCGUUCCAAGAAAAAUCACCAAGAGCUUGAGUGUCCGUAAACAUGAAGAGACACGUGUCGGUAAACUCGUUCACCAAUCAACAAGGACAAUCGGAUCGCUUCCAAAGGAUCUUUUGAUUGACGUUCUUGCCCGAGUUGCAUCGUGUUCUUUCACUGAUCUUUUUAACGCCAAAUUAAGUUGCAAGGAAUUUCUCGAAUCUACAAAAGAUGACUAUAUCUUUCAACAUAUUUCACUCGACAAAUUUCCGGCUCCUCACUGGUUUAAACCAAGUCAAAGAGAGCAUUCUUUCUUAACUCACUGCUUUAAAAAAGGAAAUCCCGAGUCACUAUUCAGACAAGGAAUGAUUGAGUAUUUUAAGGAAGUUAACGUCAAAUUUGGGCUAGAGCUUUUGAAAAUGGCGGUUGAGAAGGGACAUUUAGAGGCGACAUAUGUAUACGGAAUGAUUCUUCUUUUAGGCGGGGAUCAAUCGAGUCAAAAAGGAUUAAAACUUUUGAAUUCCAUGAAAUAUUCAAAAGCAAGGCAUCGGAAUGUGCGAGAUUGUAGAGAUAAAGUUGAUACGAUAUUAAGUCGAAUGUGGAUUAACAACCGGAUUACUUUGAAAAAAGUCAACACAAAAUGCCAAGAACGAGAUCACGUCAUUCGUUUUGAAAAGAGGGGUUGGAGUUUAGAUGAAGAUAGUGAAAUUUCAAAUUGUCAUACAUGUUUAUGGUAUCGGGAGCUUGUUUAUUUUUGUAGGAUCAUGAAUGUUAUUGUUUAAAAGUUUAGUCAACGUUAAAUAUCAAGAAUGUAUUCGAACUUAUUAUUA